AUGACUAGACAUGAGCUCAGCGGCGUGGCCGGGAGGGACCUGAUGGCAGAGCCCAAGCCCCCUCCAGAGCUGCAGCUGGAUGAAGCCGGAGCAUCCUCAGCCCCGCGGGGAGCGGCUGCAGGCGCUGCUCCGCACCCAGACCCCUCAUGCAGCCCCUUAGACCCAGCGGUGGGUGUGGGGGUGACACCCCGGCACGGGGACAGCCCAGCCGCCUGCCGGGAGCCGCAGGCAGACAGCAGGGAUGCUUCCUCAGAGCUAAAUGUGCCAGGGCCCCAGCUGGAUGAGGAUGCAUCCGGGGCCGGGAUCCCACUGGACGUGGAUGUGGCAGGAAUCCCGCUGGAUGUGGAUGCAGGUGGGACGGGGAUUCCACUGGACGUGGAUGCAGAUGCAGUAGAGAUCCCACUGGAUGUGGAUGGAGCAGGGAUCCCGCUGGAUGUGGAUGGAGCGGGGAUCCCGCUGGAUGUGGAUGGAGCAGGGAUCCCGCUGGAUGUGGAUGGAGCAGGGAUCCCGCUGGAUGUGGAAGCAGGAGGGACAGCGAUCCCGCUGGAUGUGGAUGCAGAUGGAGCAGGGAUCCCGCUGGGCCCCGUGGAGGCGGAUGGCGCGGAGCAUCAGUGCCUCACCCUCGAAGAGCUGGGGCUCUACUUCCAAGAAUGCAUCGAAGCCGUCGAGCAGCUGGAGGAAGAGAGAGACAGCCUGAUCGCCGAGCUCUCCCAGCUCCGGGAGCCAGCGCUGCAGGAGAUCCGCCAUGCCCAUGAGGAGAUCCAGGCAGCCUGCCGGCUGCUGGCCAAGGUGGAGCUGGAGAGGGACAACCUGAAGGAUGAGAUCCGGCAGAUCAAGCAGAAGCUGUUCAAGGUGACGAAGGAGUGCGUGGCGUGCCAGUACCAGCUGGAGAGCCGGCGGCACGACCUCUCCCAGCACGCUGCUUACCAGGGCGAGCUGGAGACCCAGGCUGGGCAGCUCUCCAGCGAACUGUCCCGGCUGAAGGAGACCUGUGAGAAGGAGAAGGAGGUUUUGAGGCAACGGCUGGAGAUGCCGCCGUGUCGGCCGGAUAACCUGUACCUGCAGGAGAGCCGCCGGCUCUCCAUGGAGUUUGAGAGCUUCGUGACGGAGAGCCGGCGGGGUCUGGAGGAGCACUACGAGCCCCAACUGCUGCGGCUCCUGGAGAGACGCAAGGCGGGGGCGAAGGCGCUGCAGGAGAUGCAGGGGGAGAUCCAGGGGAUGAAGGAAGCCCUGCGGCCCUUGCAGGGGGAGGUCAGCCGGCUGCGGCUGCAGAACCGGAGCCUGGAGGAGCAGAUCAUCCUCGUCAAGCAGAAGCGGGAUGAAGAGGUCGGGCAGUACCGGGAACAGGUUGAGGAGCUGGAAGACAGGCUGAAGGAGCUGAAGAACGGGGUCCAGCUCCAGCAGCGCAAGAAUCAGGAGCUGGAGGAGCUGAGGACCAGCCUCCACCGGGAGCUCUCCAUCUACAAGAGCUGCUUGGAAAUCUACAGCCACCUUUGCAAAUCAGAAGAAAAAGCAGAGCAGGACUGCUAGGAGAGAUGGACUUUUCCCUCUUCGUAGCAGAACCGACAGAGGCCUCCGCAGGGGAUGUCUCCUCUUGCUGCUUAUCCUACCUGAUGCCCAGCAGCUGCCCGAAGCCGGGAACACCGGCCAGGCACGUGCCGGUGUGCGUUUCUCGAGGUGCUGCUGUUAAUCCUGUAGUUAAACUGCUUUUCCAGAGAGAAGCAGAGAGAAAUACGACUUGCACUGAACAAUGGACAUAUAUGAAGAGUAAGAGAUGUAUGUUCUGCUGUGUUUGGAAAAAUGUAUGUCUUGUCUCGUAGGUGGAGCGCAUAAGCCCGCACAGAAAGUACCGUUCUGGAAGCCAGUGGGAGGGGGCUGUGGUUUUUAAAGUUUACAUGCAAGAGAAGCUUCAUCCUUUUCACAGGAUUUUCUUUUGUAU